AUGGCCUACCUUCUUUCUCUCUCCUUCUUCCUCCUCUUCCUAGGACUCACACAGGCCCACCCUCUCCAGCUUGAUGAGAAGGAUGAGAUGGUCUUCACAGAAGACCCAGAUGAUCUGGUGGACAUCACCACCAGGAUCCUGGAGACCAACAAUGGCACCACAGAGACGCUGAUGGAAGGAGACGUCAUGGUCCCCAGGACCAGGACCGCCAUCAGGUGCUUGUGGUCCAACGAAUGCCUCUGGGAGAGGAAGAAGUCAGAGAACCUCGUCACGGUUCCUUACACGCUCAGCUCAGAUUUUGACUCUCAUUCCCAGGGGAAGAUCAAGUACGCCAUGAACACCUUCCACACCAAGACCUGCGUGCGCUUCGUCCAACGUAGCAACCAGAGGGACUACCUUAGCAUCGAAAGCAGAUCCGGCUGUUCUUCAUGGGUUGGCAAAACCGGAGGGAAGCAGCUCGUAUCCCUGGAAAAAAGAGGGUGUGUUUACCACGGUACCAUCCAGCACGAGCUGCUCCACGCUCUGGGUUUCUACCACGAACAGAACAGGAGUGACCGCGACAAGUACAUCAGGAUCAACUGGGAGUAUGUUGAACGCGGGGAGGAGCCCAACUUUGACAAAGAGGACACCGACAACCUGGACAUUCCUUAUGACUACUCCUCCGUCAUGCAUUAUAAUAGAUGGUCCUUCAGCACUGUGUAUAGAAAGGAGACGAUCACUCCUAUUCCUGAUGCCACUGUGUCCAUCGGACAGAGCUUGGAGAUGUCUGCGAUCGACGUUCAGAGGGUUAACAAGCUCUACAGGUGUUAA